CUGGGAACCUUCGUCCACGGAACGACCCAGCACUUUCCUCCACGUUACCCUUUCGCACCUUCCCGACGUUCGUUCACGAGACUUCCAGAGUCUCUUCUUCUUAAACAAUGGCAGCUGCAGCCGUUAAUGGUUCCGCCACGGCGCCCGGAGAGAAGCCCACUUCGCCCAUUCCCAGCGCCUCGAGCAAGGCCGCUUCACCGUAUGUCGAACGAAGCAACCCCAUGGGCGGUGCUAGCACCGCUCAAACCGUGAGCUCCAAGGAUCCCAAGGCUGUCGCCCAAGCUGCCACAGACAUGCGCAAUGUCGUUCGCCGCAAAUUGACCGGAUAUGUCGGCUUUGCCAACUUGCCAAACCAAUGGCACCGCAAGAGUGUCCGCAAGGGUUUCAACUUCAAUGUCAUGGUUGUUGGUGAAUCUGGCCUGGGAAAGUCGACAUUGAUUAACACUCUUUUCAACACGUCCCUCUACCCUCCCAAGGAACGCAAGGGUCCUAGCCACGACAUUAUCCCCAAGACCGUGUCUAUCCAGGGAAUCAGCGCCGAUAUUGAAGAGAACGGCGUCCGUCUUCGUUUGACUGUUGUGGACACACCCGGGUUCGGUGACUUUGUUAACAACGACGACUCGUGGAGGCCUAUUGUCGAAAACAUCGAGCAGCGAUUUGACGCCUACCUGGAAGCCGAGAACAAGGUCAACCGCAUGAACAUUGUUGACAACCGCGUCCAUGCUUGUGUUUACUUCAUCCAGCCCACCGGCCACUCCUUGAAGCCCCUUGACAUUGAGGUCAUGCGCCGCCUUCAUACCAAGGUCAACUUGAUUCCUGUUAUCGCCAAGGCCGAUACCCUUACCGAUGAGGAGAUUGCACUUUUCAAGCAGAGAAUUCUUGCAGAUAUUCAAUACCAUUCCAUCCAAAUAUUCGAAGGCCCCCGCUACGAGCUCGAUGACGAAGAGACCAUUGCCGAGAACCAGGAGAUCAUGUCCAAGGUUCCAUUCGCUGUUGUCGGUGCUAACGCUGAGGUCACCACACCUGAUGGACGCAAAGUUCGCGGCCGUCGUUACCCAUGGGGCGUCAUUGAAGUUGACAACGAAGAGCACUGUGACUUUGUCAAGCUGCGCCAAAUGCUUAUCCGCACACACAUGGAGGAACUCAAGGAGCACACAAACAACGUUUUGUACGAGAACUACCGCUCCGACAAGCUCACUCAGAUGGGUGUUGCUCAAGACCCAAGUGUCUUCAAGGAGGUGAACCCUGCCGUCAAGCAAGAGGAGGAACGCGCCCUCCACGAACAGAAACUUGCCAAGAUGGAAGCCGAAAUGAAGAUGGUCUUUGAACAGAAGGUUCGCGAGAAGGAAAGCAAGCUGAAACAGAGCGAAGAUGAACUAUAUGCUCGCCAUCGGGAGAUGAAAGAUCAACUGGAACGACAGAGGCAAGAUCUUGAAGAGAAGAAAGCUCGACUUGAAAGUGGGCGACCUCUUGAAAAGGAAAGCAAGCGGAAAGGUUUCUCCCUCCGCUAGAAUCUCCCAAGCUAGGAAGAGCGGGUAACAGCUGCAACUGUUCCUGCAAUGCGAUGACCUAAUUAACGGCGUGGGUUAUUUUUACGGAGAGAGCUGGCUAUGCUAUGUUCGAUUGUCGAUUAACUCAACUGCUCACUCGUUGUAUUCUUUUUCCUUUUAUCUGCUUUCCACCCCUUACGCUCAUUGACAUUUCCCUAUUUCGCCUACAGCUUCCGCUAAUGACUACUUGAUAUCGGGCCGACCGAAGAAAAGGAUGCCUUCUUUAUUUCUACUUGUUUUCAACAAAGGAAGAUCAUUAAUAAUGGCAUGCCAUGAGAGGGAGCUUUCUUGUGGGAACUGGUUUCUUUCGCCUGCUGAAAGCUCAUUGAGAUGGCAUGCUGUGUCUAAUCACUUUCUUUCUGAUUCUCUUCUUGUCAUGUAAUUCUUGGCCUGCUAUACCUCUCUUCUGCUGUUUAUUGUUUCGUUCUAGUGCUCAAUAAAAUGUGAUUCGAUUAGUAUACG